AUGGAGAGUUUAUUGUCUCUGCUCUGUUGUCAUUAUUCUUUUCUGAUUUUAUUUCAGUACAAAUAUCAGGUAUAUGGAAACUAUUCCCAGCUACCCAAGCACCCAGGGUUCAAAGUUCUCGCAUCAGCUUCCCACUACUGGCCACUGGAAGAUGUGGAUGGAAUUAAUGAGUUUCGGGAUACGAAUGGAGACAUUGUAGAAGGAAUGGUGAACAAGGGGAUUUAUGUCACUGAAAACAAAGGAGUUACCUUUCACUUCUUUGGAAACUAUCAGAAUUCUUGCAUUAGUAAUCCAGAAGUUUGUGGACCCGAAGGGGUAACAUUUUCCUUUUUCUGGAAGACUCAAGACGAGCAGGCAAAGUUUCUCCCUGCUUCUGGUGGACAAGUGAUCUCCAGUGGUUUCAAGAUCUGUUCCAAUGAAGGGGAAGGCUCAGUGGAAUUCUACACCCGUGGGAAUGCAAUGAUGAAGUGGAAAGCAAGCUUUAGUCCGCCAGGUCCUUAUUGGACUCAUAUCCUCUUUACUUGGAAAUCAAGAGAGGGACUGAAAGUCUACGUCAAUGGGACUCUCAAAACCACUGAUCCGGACGGGAAAGUUUACUACGAUUACGGAGACCCCAGUGCAAAUCAACUGAGUGGGACGGAGGGGGAUCAGAGCAAGCGCUAUGUGAACGGGGCGUUUGAUGAGUUCAUCAUAUGGGAGCGGGCACUCACCCCCAAAGAAGUUGAGCAGUACUUUACAGCUGCUAUUGGUAUGCAAGUUUUGCUUUCUCCAACACCGCCAUGGGCUGUGAUGACAACCACUGCAAAACCUGUGCUCUCUACAAAUGCCUAUCACCCCAUCAUAACUCACCUGACUGAGGAGAGGGGGAGCUUCCUCUCCCCUGACACCAUGCUGGGGUACCUGGAGAAUGUGUCCUGCAGCUUGCCCAACAAAUCCCUGUCGGAAAGCACAGCUCACAGCCUGACAGAGGCUUUUUUAAAAGCUAUUGAAGACUUCCUGUUGUUGCCCAACUGGAUCGAUGCACCAGAGACCACUCACGUAUUUGGGAGUUUAAUUCAAACUAUCGACAACGUGAUGGCUCACAUGACGUGGAAUCUGGACGAAAACUCAUUACCUCUAAGUCUUGAGGGCACAUCAUCUGUGGCAGAUUACACCUUGGUCAAAAUGCAUCCUCAGACUCUAAAUUUGUCCCAUUAUCGAUUUCCUUCUCGAGGACAGAGUUUUAUUUCCAUUCCCAGUGAAGCUUUUCAUGAAAAAGCGUGGAUCACCAUUGUGGGCCUGCUUUACCAUAACAUGCACCAUUUCUUUCGUAAGAUCAACCCUAUGGAUACCAAGUAA